AUGAAAUUAAAAAUGAUUUACAACUUAAAAAUGAAACUGAACCUGCGCAGUGUAUUGAACAAUGUGGAGAAAAAGACAACGGUCAGACAACAUGACUUUAAUAAUGUAACAUCUAAAUCCUUCCUUAUAAAUGAUCAGAAGGAAAUACCAAACCAUUUUCCUACAACAUCCAGGGAUGAGCAACAGAAAUCUUUUGAUGACACCAAUGACAGGAAUGCAAAACAAAAAACUUUGUUACCAGCUGAAUACAAUGAAACUCCAUCUUCAGCACACUUUAUGGGUUAUUUCCUCACUGCCAUUGUACUUUGUAUUGCUGGAUAUAUUGUCUUUCACAACAAGCAGAAGAUUAUUGCAUUCAUCAUUGAGGGUCGCAAUCAGAAACGAAGCCGUCGCCCAAAUUCUGGAGAAUAUAAAAAACUACAAACCAAUGUCGAUGAUGUUAUGAGUUCCCUUGAAAAGUCAACAGCAUCACAAAACUAUAUUUACUAA